AUGAUGCUGGCCUCCCGGGCCCGGCCGGGUGCCAAUGAAGCUCAUGAUGCUCUCCGACUCUGCCGGCAGUGCUUCGAGGAUGGCCGUUCCAUCAUCGGCUUCCACAUCUGCGAGGCUCCGAGCUCCAGCGAUGAAGGAUGGCUCUUGGAUGACCGGCAGAAGGCGCGUCUGUUCCCCAACAACAGGAGCAACAGAAACUCA